AUGUUAGAAAAAGCCCAGGCAUUAAAAGACCUCGUCGAUACUAUGAUGAGUGAUUUUAAAAUCCGAUGUUUUAUGAUAAAUAGAUUACAACAACAGAAAGACAAAAUGAACAGACAUCUUGCUAGAAUGAAGGACUAUGAGCAGCAAUAUGAGCAAUUGGCAAAUAGACCAGUAAAAUUCCUUUUAUUUCUAGAGAACAACAGUGUUUCCAAAAUAAUGGGCACUCCAAAGGUUACACAACACGCCCUGCUCUCCCUGCCUGACGAAAUCAAAAUGGAGGACGUGAUUAGACAAGGAAAAAUCCAAAUUACAGAGAUUGGAAAAAGGCAGAUUACAAAAGAAUGUGUACUGAAAAUGAUGUCUACACCUGUGUUACACAAAUCUGUCACAAUGAAAUGUCGAAGACAUGUAUAUCACAUUUCCUAUGUGACGUCAGACCGGAUAUGGAUCAGUGAUAAUCACACUCUCAUCAUGACAAACACAGAAGGUGAAGAUCUUCAUCGAAGAGAAAUAUCAAGUUAUAUAGAAAGAUUUGGUCAACACACUGUGAACGGUACAGGUGAACUUGUCUUUAUAGACAAGAAUCAUAACAUUACCAAACUAUCUACGGAAAACAAUACAACGUCUACAGUGAUAAACAUAAUGGGACCACGGAGACCAGAGUGUGUCUACUGCUCCCCCUCCAGUGGCGAUCUAUUAGUCGGAAUGUAUAAAAUUGAUUCAAAUACAUACGAAUUAAAUCGUUUCAGUAGCACUGGCCAACACAAACAGACAAUAGCGUACAGCACUACAGGCCAGGAACUAUACAGUAAACCUCUUUACAUCACAGAGAACCGCAAUGGAGAUAUUAUUGUGUCUGAUUGGUACUAUGGUGUAGUGGUGACAGAUGAAAGAGGAAAACAUCGCUUCACAUACACAGGACCUCUUUCAGGUUCUCCACUAUAUCCAUGUGGAAUCUGUUCAGAUGCGUUAUCACACAUCCUGGUGUGUGAUAUAAAAAGCAACACAGUACAAAUGAUUGACAAGGAUGGUCACUUCCUUUCACUGAUACUGACGGAACAACAAGGGAUAUAUAAACCCCGGGCCCUGUGUUACGAUUACAAAUCUCACCUUCUUUGGGUUGGAUCAUACAACGACAGUUCAUGGAAAAACAGUAAAUUGCUUGUAUACAGAUAUAUAAACAGGCAGGACCUCUUGGCAGGUAUUUGUAUUUGGUAA